AAUUAUUAUGGUAAAGCUGAGUAAAAUGAAGCAGCACUUAUAAGCGGAAGGGAGCAAGUGACAAACGCCGCCAAUGGCGUAUCGAUCACUGUUCCUCUCUCUCAGACGAAAUAGCGGUUUAAUCAGCAACAAUUGUCGUUAUCAGUCACCUUGUCUUCUGAACAGAGCAAGAUUUGUCUCUUCGGGCGCUGUGAGUAGUGAUUUUGUUGAAGAGACUCCGAGCUCUGUGGAGAGUGACGACCUAAGGAGCAGAAUUUUGAGGCUAAGGCUCCCCAAACGAAGCGCCACCAACAUUCUUCAGAAAUGGGCCCUCGAAGGGAAUCCUAUUACGGUGUCUGAGCUUCGAGAUAUAUCCAAAGAGCUUAGAAGAUCUCAGCGUUACAAACACGCUCUGGAGAUAUCAGAAUGGAUGGUUACCCAUGAAGGAUACGAGUUAUCAGAAUCUGAUUAUGCAGUCCGCAUAGAUUUGAUGACCAAAGUUUUUGGCAUUGAUGCUGCAGAGCGAUAUUUUGAGGGUCUACCUCUUGCUGCAAAGACAAGUGAAACUUACACAGCCCUCCUCCAUUCUUUUGCAGGAGAAAAAUUGACUGAAAAGGCUGAGGAACUUUAUCAAAGGAUAAAGGAUUCAAACCUCUCCUUUGAUGCCCUUACUUACAACGAAAUGAUGACUCUUUACAUGUCAAUUGGGCAGGUUGAAAAGGUCCCAUCAGUUGUUGAGGAACUGAAACAACAAAAGGUUGCCCCAGAUAUCUUUACUUACAACCUAUGGAUAAGUUCGUGUGCUGCUACUCUUGAUAUUGAUGAAGUUAGAAGGAUUCUCGAUGAAAUGAGUCAUGGUGCUGGUUCUAAUGAAAGUUGGAUAAGAUAUCUGAACCUGGCCAAUAUAUAUAUUACUGUAGGUCAUCUUGAUAAUGCAAGUUCCAACUCACUUGUUGAGGCUGAGAAAAGGAUCACCCAAAGGCAAUGGAUAACAUAUGAUUUCUUAAUCAUUCUAUAUGCUGGGCUGGGAAGUAAGGAUAAACUUGAUCAGAUAUGGAAUUCCUUGAGAAUGACUAAACAGAAAAUGAUUAGCAGGAAUUAUAUCUGCAUUAUUUCUUCAUAUCUGAUGCUUGGUCAUACGAAAGAAGUAGGGGAAGUUAUUGAUCAAUGGAAGCAAUCAACUACCACAGAUUUUGACAUGCUUGUGUGUAAAAAGAUUAUGGUUGCUUUUACAGACAUAGGGUUAGCUGAAAUAGCCAGCAACUUGAAUACGAUUCUCAUUGCGAAAAACCUUAAUCCAGGACAUGAUUAACCAGGAGUUCUUUGGGCAUGAAUUUGAUAUAUAGUAUACAUAUGUGAGAUCAACCUCGCAACAUGUAUGUAUAUUUCAUUUGCAAUUUGCUGAUACAUCCCGAAUGAAUAACCUACAGUGUGAAUGGCAGUUUUGCACUGCUUUUGUGGAUGUUUAAGAUUCCAUUGCUUCUAAUUUUUUCAUAUUUACGUUGCCAUUUCCUAGCAUCUUUGGUAUUGUGACAGCCUUGAAUUUCCCCCUUUUUCUGAUAUUGUAGUCGUAAUGCUGCUGUGACUAUCGAAUUUAUUCCUAUGAGUUUGGAUUAAUGUUUAAUUUUUCAUUCUGUAUCGAUGACAUGCUGUGACAGG